AUGGCGCUCGUUCAGACGCACUGCUUCAACUGGAUGGGCCACGAGGGCACCAUGUCGGAGACGUUCAACCUGGGCUUGCUGCGUCACAGCGACAUGGGCAGUCUGCGCUACAGCGAUCAUCGGCAGCGACAGGAGGUAGUGGCUGAUAUCCGCAUGCGACUAAAGAUGAUUAAGCGUGACCUCGGCCUUCUGCCCCCGGAGGAAGACGCGGAGGAGGAAGCCAAGAAUGAUGUCGAGAGUGAAGCCUUCGCCGGGGUGGACCAAGAAGAGGAGGAAAAAUAUGCUUUGCGUAUUCAGGAGCGGCGCAAGAAGUUUCUGCACCUUAAGGGGCCUCUCGUGGCCAGCGAGGACAAGGAAGAGGAGGUGGUGUACUACCACCCCGGCAAGCCCACGGUGGAGGCGCAGCAGCAGGCCUUGCCGCCGUUCGGUCUCGCCGUGCAGUCAAUGCUCUUUUGCGCGGGCGAGACAUUUGUUUCCUACCUUGACGGCAGCGCAUUUGUGGCGCUGUCGAAGCUGACGGAACAUAACGAGGCUCGCCGCCCCCAAGUGGAGGCGGCGGCUGAGGCGGCAGGCGUGGCACUCCACUCGGCAAGCGAAUUUGAGGUGUCCUCCCUCCAGGCCGCACUCGAGAAGCGCGAACAGCUGCGGAUGAAGCUCGACGCCGUGCGGGCAGCGAGCGACCCGAGUUAUGCGGAACGCUGCGUCCGCGCAGAGGAGCGCGACAACAGCGGCCAACCCGUCACGAACGUGCUGCCAGAGGCCGGCGAUGUGAAGAAGCUCUCCGCGAAGUUGCGGGCGGCGCAGGCACAGUUGGAGUCCGCGCGGCUGGCGUACAACAAGCGCGCGUACGUUGCCGCGCGGCGCGUCCUUAAGGCUCUCGCCAACAAUGUGCCCCCGGCGGAGUUGUAG